CCGGCAAACAGGGCCAAUUUGCGAUCCCAAGGGGUGUUUGAACACACCGAGGACUUCCUGGAAGGCAAGGUGUCUGGACCCCAAUGGAGAACGAUUCGCUCAGCUACCCCUACGAGUACGGGGACUACAGUGACCUUCUGGAUGUCCCCGUGGACUGCCGGGACGGCGCCUGCCUCUCCACCGACACGGUCCGCGUGGCCCCUCUGCUGCUGUACGCUGCCGUCUUCCUGCUGGGCGUGCCGGGCAACGUCACGGUGGCCUGGGUGGCCGGGAAGGAGGCCAGCCGGAGGGUUGGGGCCACCUGGUUCCUGCACCUGGCCGUGGCCGACCUCUUGUGCUGUGUGUCCCUGCCCAUCCUGGCGGUGCCGAUCGCCCGGGAAGGCCACUGGCCCUACGGGGCCGCGGGGUGCCGGCUGCUGCCCUCGGCCAUCCUGCUGUCCAUGUACGCCGGCGUCCUGCUGCUGGCCGCCCUCAGCGCUGACCUCUGCCUGCUGGCCCUUGGGCCCACCUGGUGGGCAGCGGCUCGGCGGACUCGUGCGGUGCGGGUGGCGCAGGGCGCGGCCUGGGCGCUGGCCUUGCUGCUGACCGCGCCCUCGGCGCUGCACCGCCGCCUGCACCAGGAGCACUUCCCGGCCCGGCUCCUGUGCGUGGUGGACUACGGGGGCUCCGCCGCGGCCGAGGGCGCCGUGACCGCCCUGCGCUUCAUCUUCGGCUUCCUGGGGCCCCUGGUGUUCGUGGCCGGCUGCCAAGGUGCCCUCCUGUGCCGAGUGACCCGAUGCCACUGGCCUCUGGGCGUGGCGGUCAUGGUGGGGUUUUUCGUCUGCUGGGCCCCCUACCACAUCCUGGGGCUGGUCCUCACCGUGGCUGCCCCAAACUCUGCGCUCCUGGCCCGGGCCCUCCGCGCUGAACCCCUGGUCGUGGGCCUGGCCCUGGCUCACAGCUGCCUCAAUCCCAUGCUCUUCCUAUAUUUUGGGCGGGCUCAACUGCGACGGUCACUGCCAGCUGCUUGUCACUGGGCCCUGAGGGAGUCUCAGGAUGAGGAGGAAAAUGUAGUAAGCAAGGUAUUCACCAGUCAUGACCUGGUGUCAGAGAUGGAAGUGUAGGCAAGAGGGACACUGGCUUUUUAAUCUCCUAUUCCAUUUCACAAAUAGCUUCAGGCAAAGCUGGAUCCAGGAGUUUCAUUUUCUCCCUUCAUUCAAAGAACAUUCAUAGGCCCUUGCUGUAUGCCAGGCCCUGAUAUAGGCAUCAGGGUACAGUAG